AUGCCCCUAAUCCACCCGGCAAUCCAACAAAUCUACAACACCCUCAUAACAACACACGCAGACAGCCCCGGCUACGAAGAAUACCUCCAAACUUGGUUCGAGCUCGUCUGGGCAACAGGUCCACAGGAAGGAAAUGUCCUAAUGAACCUAAAAGCCUUACCCUCCGGCCAGACCGCGCUCCGGAGAGCGGAUUUCCUAAAUGCCCUUGUUGACCUGAUCCCAUCUGAUAUCGUGCAUUUCGGAAAGAGAUUAAACACCCUCGUUGAACAUGAUGACCGCGUCGUACUGGGCUUCGAGGAUGGAGACGUCGUCGAUGCGGAUGUCGUCGUUGGUUGUGAUGGUAUUCGCUCAAGAGUUAAGGAGUGCAUGAUGCCCGUUGAAUCGUUGCGCACGAAACCCGUCUAUAGUGGCAUGUAUGGGUAUCGGGCUGUACUUGAGAUGGGGGAUAUGGUUAAGGCGGUCGGGGAGAAGAGGGCGCAUGUUGCGACGAUUUAUCUCGGUCGAGGUGUCUAUGCGCUUUCGUAUCCUAUUAUGCAGGGCCGUUUGGUUAAUAUUGGUAUUUAUGUUUUGAGUUCCCAGCCGUGGGAAUAUUAUUCCUGGGUGAGGCCUGCGAGGAGGGAGGAUAUUGAACGGGAUACGAGGGAUAUGGGGCCACAUGUGAAGGCUAUUGUUGAGAAUAUGCCUGAUCCAUCUCAAUGGGCUAUCUUCGAGCAUCCGCAUAUCUCAACCUAUUCUCGCUCCAGGAUUGCGAUUCUCGGUGAUGCCGCGCAUGCUUCGACGCCACAUCAGGGUGCGGGCGCUGGUCAGGCUAUUGAGGAUGCGCAUGUUCUCGCGGAACUACUGAGUGAUUCUCGGGUCGGUUCUGUCGACGAUGUUGUUGCGGCUUUCAAGGCGUAUGAUGAGAUUCGUCGACCCAGGAGCCAGAGGGUGGUUACUAGCAGCAAGGAGAAUGCAGAUAUCUUUUGUCUGUGUUUUGAUGGAGUUCGCGAUGAUCCGGUAAAGCUGAGGGAAACACUUGAUCAACGCUUGAAGUGGCUUUGGGAUCUGGAUGUACAGGAUCAGGUUGAGCGCGCGAGGAAGAAAAUGGUCGAGUAUUUGGAGAUAGGGUAA